AACAUAUUUGACACAUGAAGUUGUGGGAAAGGAAACGUCAUUCAUUAGACAUUACGAUAAGAUAUCGUAGUAGAUAAGGUACAUUACGAUAAUAAUUUUGGUUCCACAUCCACAUGUAGUGUUUAUGUUAAUUUAUACAAGUGACUAUUUAUCAAAGUUCAGUAUAUUUAAAAAAUGGCGUUUAGACCUUUAACAGAAGCGGAAUGUGGCCAAGCAAAUCCUUUGUCCAAAUUGACUUCUCAUAUUACCCGAGAUCAUACAUUUUCUGAUAAUCAUGGGCAAGUUUUUCAAAGUAGUUCAGACCAAUUGGUCGAGCAAUUUCUCCAAGAAUCAAGAGCUGUACCUCAGACGUAUAGAAUGGACGAUUUGAUGAGGGAAAUGCAUGAAAUAGAAUCUCAAAGGUCAGCUUUACCUCCCAUCCCUGCUUCAACAGUCAAAGAUCAACUACAUGACAAUGCUUGGGCUCUUCAAUAUAUUGAAGAUGGAAAAAGAUUUAAUGAUGUUUAUAAUAACGAAAAUGUGUGGGCCGAGAUUAUUUCACAGGAACAAAGAGAAUACGGUAUUGAAGCUAUAGCAAAUACCUGGACUAAUGAAAUUCUAAAUAACCCUGCAGAGCAAACAAACUCGUUUCUACCAGAAGAAGCUCUAGAAGAUAUAGGUGAAAAUUCACAGUAUGUUUAUUCAAAGUUCAUGAGAUUCAUGAAGGAAGAAGGUAAUGGCACUAUGGAAGAAGGAAAACUGACCGAGCAAGAAGCUGCGGAUUGGACUAAAGAAUAUUUUGAAGCAGAAGGACAAGAAAAGAGCCCUGCAGCUGUGGCUCAAAAGUGGUCAGAGGAACACCAGCAAGCACAAUCUUCCAAAGAUGACGAGUUUAAUUCGGAAUUUUGGAAUAAAUUACAGGAGGAAUUUAAAAAAGUUUCAGAAGCAGAUGUAGAUCCAGCACAACCAUGGAUAGAUGAAUUCAAUUCAUAUUAUAAUACAAAUACAAAGGAGUAUGAAUUCAGUGACGAAAAUCCCAUGCUGGAAAUACCAAAACCUUUAGAAAAAGGUAAAGAAUUUUUAGAUCUAGGAGAUUUUCCAAGUGCCGUAUUGUGUUUUGAAGCAGCAGUAAAACAAGAGCCCGAAAAUGUCGAGGCUUGGCUUUUACUUGGUACGACACAAGCAGAGAAUGAACAGGAUCCAAAUGCAAUAUCAGCUCUUAAUAAGUGCCUCCAACUAGAACCAACAAAUUUAAAGGCUCUAAUGGCAUUAGCUGUCAGUUAUACGAACGAAAGUUACUACAAUCAAGCCUGUCAGAUGUUACUCAAUUGGUUGAAAUACAAUUCAAAAUAUCAAGAAUUAAUACCGCCGAAUUUUAAGUUAUCUGGGCAAGUUACAAGUUUGUUAGUUCAAACGGAUCAUAAGGCAAUUCAAGAUUUAUACAUUAAGGCAGCGCAAAGGAAUCCCCAACAUGUGGAUUAUGAAGUUCAGUGCGGAUUAGGUGUUUUAUUUAAUUUAACUAGUGAAUAUAAUAAAGCCGCAGACUGCUUUACAGCGGCGCUUUCAGUUAAACCCGACGAUGCUAGACUUUGGAAUAGACUUGGCGCUACUCUAGCUAAUGGGAUGCGACCAGAAGAAGCAGUAGAUGCUUACCACCAUGCACUCAAUUUAUCUCCUGGUUUUAUUAGGGCGAGAUACAAUGUAGGAAUUACUUGUAUAAAUUUAAAUGCAUAUAGGGAAGCUGCCGAGCACUUUUUAACUGCUCUAAAUCAGCAAGCGAGGGGAAAGGAUGUGAUGAACUCAGGUUCUAUGUCGCAAAUGUCGGAUACCAUAUGGUCAACUUUACGUAUGUGCGUUUCGUUGAUGAAUAGAGGGGACCUCAAACCUUUUGUCGAUAAAAGAGAUUUGAAAGAAUUGAAUAAAGCGUUCGGGAUAGACUGAGAGCGUUUCACUGUAGUUUGAAGGUUUAAGUAUAAAAGAAAAAAUAAUAAUGAAAACUUGUUAUUUUUUUAUGAAUAUAUUGGUGGCAUACUCCCUAAGUUUGAAAUAUAUUAUUGUUAAACACGCCUUUG